CUCUUACAGACAUUAACACUAUGAAUCAAUAAGCAACUGUCCAAAUGUUUAAUUUUAAAUAAAUAAAUGCAAAAACUUUUUUAAAAAAAAAUUGACGAGUUUUAAAAAUGUGUACGAAUUUUUUCUUCAACACAACCUCCUCGAGGGUGGCUCAAAACCGACGAAGAUAUUUUGAUUUACCGAAUACGAGUAGAACUUAUCAGACUAUUCCUAUGGAGAGCAAUAGUAUAGCACAAGAACUUACUGAAAAUGUAAUAAUAAGUCGAGGACCAUGGUAUGGAACAAGGCAUACGCAAAUGAUGUUACUAGCAGCUGGAGUAUUUCUUUUGGCUUUAUCAAAAGUUUAUAUGUCCGUUUGUAUCGUCGCAAUGACAGAUCCUUCAGCCAGCUCCAAUCCGGAUAUCCCAACGUACGAUUGGACCGACAAAAAUCUUAUACUCUCCGCAUUUUUUUGGGGUUACUGGCUUCCACAAUUAUUCGCAGGAUGGUUAACAACAACAUUUUUGGGACCAAAAUGGAUGUUCGUUGGUGCUAUGAGCGGUUGUUCCUUUGUAGGAUAUUUAAUACCAUCAGUUGCUGCUGGCGUUGGUUCAAAAGGAGUGUUGAUUUGUAGAUUUUUACAAGGAUUUUCUUCAGGAUUUAUUCCGAGUGCCUUGUGUUCCUUUUUCGGAAAAUGGAUUCCUCUCAAGGAGAGAGGCCGAUUUUUGGGAUUCGUCUAUUCAGGUGGAACCAUAGGAGUAAUAUGCUCCAUGUUUUUUAGUGGAGAAAUAGCCUCGAGCGCACAUGGAUGGCCGAUGAUUAUUUACUUACAUAGUACAUUUGCGAUGAUAUGGUGUAUUAUUUUUUCUGUUUUUGGCCAUCAGAGCCCCGAUCAUCAUCCUACAAUAUCUCUUGAAGAGAAAAUGUGUAUAACAGACAACUGUAAAGAUUGGCAGAACCGCUCGACAAUUCCCUGGAAGCGAAUUUUUUCUUCAAUGUGUUUUUGGUCUCUUAUUAUAGCACAAUGUGGAGAAUCUUACGGAUAUUUCUUAGCGAUAACGGAAAUAUCUAAUUAUUUAAAAAAUAUUUUGAAAGUCGAUAUGCAAUCUAAUGGUAUUUUAAGUGCCUUGCCAUAUUUUUCUGGAGCAGUAUUGAUCUAUCUGUUUGGAUAUAUAUCAGAUAGGAUAAUAGAGAGCAGAAUUCUCAGUGUGGGCGGAACAAGAAAACUAUUUGUCGCAGUUGGAAUCGUUAUACCUGGAAUAGCGUAUAUAUUUCUUGGGUAUUGUGGCCCGCAAGAUGCACCUUUUGCUGUAUUCAUGUUAGUUGUUGGAAUAGGCGUAGAUUUAGCAGGAACUACGAAUGGUAUUUCAGUAAAUUAUCUAGAUUUAGCACCCAAUCAUGCUGGUCCUCUACUGGGCAUUUCUAAUCAAUUUGCUCAAUUGUUUUCGGCAUUAGGACCUUUUACUGUCCAUCUUUUAGUAACAGAUGAGACGAGUAUUGAGCAAUGGAGGACAAUUUUCUUCAUACUAAUUGGUAUCAAGGUGUUAACAGCAACAACGUUUCUUAUUUUUGGAUCCGGUGAUAUUCAGCCCUGGAAUAAUGAAAUCGAAUUGCUGGGUAAUGAUAAUGAAGAGGAAACCCUGUAAAAUAAUUAAAAGAACUAAAUUAGCUAAGUGAUUUUAUAUUUUUUGUAUUAAGCGUCUGUGAUGUUUGCAUUUAAUAUUGUAUUUUUUAAUAAUGUGAUUGAG